AUGUCUUCAUGGGAGCAUUUUGGGGCGAUAGCAAACGUAGCCCAACUAGCCGGAUUCGACGCGGUGAAGCUGAUUGGAAUGUUAGUGAAGGCCGCAAACACAGCAAGAAUGAACAAGCAGAACUGCAGGCAAUUUGCUCGGCAUCUCAAGCUGAUUGGGAACUUGCUGGAGUGUCUCAAGAUUUCGGAGAUGAAGAAGUAUCCAGAAACUCGAGAGCCGUUGGAGCAGCUCGAGGAUGCAUUGAGGAGGUCCUACAUUUUGGUUAACAGUUGCCAGGAUAGGAGUUACUUCUAUCUGCAGGCUAUGGGAUGGAACAUUGUCUAUCAGUUCAGGAAGGCUCAGAAUGAGAUUGAUCAAUAUUUGAAGAUCAUACCCCUCAUUACCCUCGUUGAUAAUGCUCAAGUUCGGUGUGGAGUAAUCCAGCAUCUGCUAGAAGUUACUGAAACUGUUGCAGCAACUUCUUUGCAAGAAAAAAGUUCGCUUGAGAAAGAAUCGAAGGUGGAGAAGGUGUUGAAAAAGUAA